AUGGCCUCGGUGGCAGCUUGGCUGCCGUUUGCCCGCGCGGCGGCGAUCGGUUGGGUGCCGAUCGCCACACACCCACUGCCACCACCGCCGAUACCCAAAAACAGACGGAAAGCUGAUGACGAGAAGCUCCUUAUAAAUGUCAGUGGUCGUCGUUUCGAGACGUGGCGCAAUACCCUCGAGAAGUAUCCCGACACUCUCCUCGGUUCAAAUGAACGUGAGUUCUUUUACGACGAGGACAGCAAAGAGUACUUCUUCGAUAGGGACCCGGAUAUAUUUCGACAUAUAUUAAACUAUUACAGAACGGGAAAGCUCCACUACCCGAAGCACGAGUGUCUGACUAGCUAUGACGAGGAGCUCGCGUUUUUCGGCAUUCUCCCCGACGUUAUUGGCGACUGUUGUUACGAAGACUACCGGGACCGCAAGCGCGAAAACGCUGAGCGGUUGAUGGACGACAAAUUGAGCGAAAAUGGCGAACAAAAUUUGCAACAGCUCACAGACAUAAGACAGAAAAUGUGGCGGGCAUUUGAAAAUCCCCAUAUAUCCACAGCCGCGCUUGUAUUUUAUUACGUUACGGGAUUUUUCAUAGCCGUAAGUGUGUUGGCAAACGUCGUCGAGACGGUGCCUUGCGGGGCGCGCCCUGGACGCGCUGGUACACUAUCAUGUGGUGAACGAUAUAAAAUUGUUUUCUUUUGUCUUGAUACCGCAUGUGUUAUGAUAUUCACUGCUGAAUAUUUAUUGAGGUUAUUUGCAGCCCCGAGUAGAUGUAAAUUUGCACGGUCAGUAAUGUCGAUAAUUGACGUGGUUGCUAUUUUACCCUACUACAUUGGCCUUGGUAUCACCGACAACGACGAUGUCUCGGGGGCAUUUGUUACAUUACGUGUCUUCCGUGUAUUUCGUAUUUUCAAGUUUUCACGUCACUCCCAGGGUCUAAGGAUCCUCGGCUACACAUUGAAGUCAUGCGCAUCUGAACUUGGGUUCCUUGUGUUCUCACUUGCCAUGGCCAUCAUAAUAUUUGCCACCGUUAUGUUUUACGCUGAAAAAAAUGUCGAGGGUACCAACUUCACUUCCAUACCUGCGGCAUUCUGGUACACCAUCGUUACAAUGACCACUCUUGGAUAUGGUGACAUGGUACCGGAAACGAUUGCGGGUAAAGUUGUUGGUGGUGUGUGCUCAUUGAGCGGAGUACUGGUGAUAGCCCUGCCUGUGCCUGUGAUUGUCAGUAACUUCAGUAGAAUUUAUCACCAGAAUCAACGUGCUGAUAAAAGAAAAGCUCAGAGGAAAGCGAGACUGGCACGUAUCAGGAUCGCAAAGGCGUCAAGUGGUGCGGCAUUUGUCAGCAAAAAGAAAGCUGCUGAGGCGAGAAUCGCUGCACUGGAAAGUGGAUUACAGACGGAUGAAACUUACAGAGAGGAAGAUAUUUUUGAGCUUCAGCAUCACCAUCUUCUUCGAUGUUUAGAAAAGACUACGGAUCGAGAGUUUGUGGAGAUGGAUGUACCAUUCAAUGGGGCACCAAAGAGACCAGGUUCACCAUCGCCAUUGACAUCUCCAGCCCACAGCACAGCAUCGCGUGGUGGACUACUGCAGUCAUGCUGCGGUCGUUGUUAUCCUCAGCGUUAUCAGAGCUUAUCGUAUCAGCUAACAUCCAACGAGAACAAGGAUAGAGUGGUGCUGGUUUACAGCGACCGUAUUGAAGUACGCAAAAAGGACCUUAAGAAGCGCGGUUCCCACCACACCUGCGACAUGCAGGCCCUACAGUCACUUCCGGUCCCCAUCACCACCACCAACACCACCACCACCACCAAUAAUACUUCUACUACUACUACUAUUACUACUACUACUACUUGUACUACUACGUCUGUCAUGACUUCUGGUGGGCAGCCACCGCUUCGGGUAUCGGAGACCGCUUGAAUCCGAUGAUCGAGCCGCGUUGUUGAUCUACGUCUUCGAUCAAGAAAAUGAUUCUGCUCGUCUUAUGUCUUAUGUCAGAGAUCACAUGGCCGUGUCCCUGUCUGCCCGAAUUUAACGUAAACAUUAAUGGUCAGUGGAGGGUCCAACGAAGGGAUGGCUAACAAUAAAAUAUAUAAUAAUAGCACUGGAUUUUUAAUAUAUAUA